AUGAAGUUCUCAACCUUCAUCGCUCCUCUCAUCUCAAUCCCUCUGGUCUUCGCCAGCCCCAACCCCAACAACGACCACUACCCACCUCCCCCCAAGACCAAGACCGUGACCGCAACAGUCACCCACACCGUCACCAAGCCCAUCUACAAGCCCCCGAUCACCAAGACCGAGACCGUCACCAAGAAGUACCCCGUCACCAAGUACGAGACUGAGACCGUCACAAAGUACAAGUGGAAGCCUCCCAUCACCAAGACCGAGUAUGUCACAAAGUGGAAGCCUCCCGUGACAAAGUACGUGACCAAGACCGAGACCGACACCGUCACCAAGUGGAAGCCCCCCGUUACCAAGUAUGUCACCAAGACACAGACCGACACUAUCACAAAGUGGAAGCCUCCUAUCAUCAAGACAAAGACGGAAACCGAGACCGACACCGUCACCAAGUACAAGUGGAAGCCUGCCAUCACCAAGUACAAGACCGAGACUGUUACCAAGACGGUCACCAAGCAGCCUUAUCCUACUCACCACAAGCCCGGCAAGGACUACAAGGCUUAA